AUCGAAGUGUGCAUUUUAGCUUGCUUCCUUAGAACACCAAAAUUGGCACACAGGCUUAUUUAAAAAAAAAAAAAGGAAAAGGAAAUGUCUUAUUUAUCCUUAGCUACUUCUUCUCUUCUAUGUGUUCUCUUGUUUUUCUUGUGCUCCUUGGAAAAGGGUUUCGCUCUCCAAAGAAGUAACAAGGACAUUGAUGAUGAUCAUAGUCACCACCAUGUUCGUCUCAGCUCUCUUCUGCCAUCACCUACUUGCAGCUCCUCUUCUGUCAAAGGUUCUAACAAAAUGAAGACAACAUUGGAUGUGGUACACAAACAUGGGCCAUGCUCCAAACUAAACAAAGCAAAGAAGGGCCCAACAUCACACAGUGAGAUUCUGAAUGUAGACCAAGAAAGGGUCAAAUACAUUAACUCCAAGAUAUCCAAGAACAAGUUGGGCCAUGAUGAUGAACUUGGAUUGAAGCAGUUAGAUUCUGCCACUUUACCUGCCAAAUCUGGAAGCCUUAUUGGGUCAGGAAACUACUUUGUUGUAGUGGGUCUUGGGACACCAAAAAAGGACUUGUCUCUUUUAUUUGACACUGGAAGUGAUCUCACUUGGACUCAGUGUGAGCCUUGUGCUAAAUCAUGUUACAAGCAACAAGAUGACAUUUUUGAUCCAUCAAAGUCUUCAACAUAUUCCAAUAUUACUUGCACUUCUUCACUUUGUACUCAGCUUUCUACAGCCACAGGAAAUGACCCAGGAUGUGCUUCAACAUCAAAGGCUUGUGUAUAUGGCAUCCAGUACGGUGACUCAUCCUUCUCUGUUGGCUUUUUCAGCCAUGAGCGGCUGACGGUGACCGACACCGACUAUGUGGACGGCUUCCUUUUUGGUUGUGGCCAAAACAACCAAGGCCUCUUCGGCGGCUCGGCCGGCUUAUUAGGCCUCGGCCGCCACCCUAUUUCCUUUGUCCAACAAACCGCCGCAAAAUAUCACAAAAUAUUCUCCUAUUGUCUUCCUUCCACCGCAAGCAAUGUAGGUUACCUUGCCUUUGGUGCUUCUAGAGCUUCUAGUUAUGUCAAAUACACUCCCUUUUCGACCAACUCGGCCGGCGCUUCCUUUUACGGCCUAGACAUCACCGGAAUAACUGUUGGGGACACCAAGCUCCCUGUUUCUUCCUCCACAUUCUCUACCGGCGGCGCGAUUAUAGACUCCGGAACCGUGAUCACCCGGCUUCCACCAACGGCCUAUACCGCCUUAAGAUCAGCAUUCCGACAAGGUAUGGCAAGGUACCCCAUGGCGAGCAGUUUGUCCAUAUUGGACACAUGCUAUGACUUGAGUGCAUACAAAACGGUAAUUUUCCCAAAAAUAGUAUUUGAAUUCGCCGGGGGUGCCACAGUGGAUCUCGCGGCGGCCGGGACAUUUUAUGUUGCUAGUGUGAAACAAGUGUGCUUGGGUUUUGCACCCAAUGGGGAUGAUAGUGAUGUUACAAUAUUUGGAAAUGUGCAACAAAAGACACUACAAGUAGUGUAUGAUGUUAAUGGUGGUAAGGUAGGGUUUGGAGCCGGUGGAUGCAAGUGAUUUUACAUCAUAUAAGGAGAGAUUCUUGCAUAAGUACAAGUUUAGGUGAAAACUCAGAUAUCAACUUCACCUAAAGUCGACUUCAUCUGAUUUUUUACCACAAGUUUAACAUAUCACUUUUGGGCAUACUCAUAAUAAAAUCGAUAAGAAUUUCAGAUAUUUCAAAAAUACAAGCAAUUGAUCUUAUAAUUAAGAUUAACGAUUAUAUUUUUGAAAUACCUGCAAAUAAUUUUCUUAAAUGGUUCCAUAAGUUUUAUGCAAAAUAUACUGAUUUAUGGAGUCCAUAAACUUUUAUUUGAGUAUGUCCGAAAAAAGUUUGUUAAACAUGUGUCUAAGCAAUGCAAGAACUUUUCUUAUAUCAAUGAUAUGAUGUUAUAGUUUAGCUACGGGCAAGUAAGGGAGAAAGGAAAGGAACCCCAAUUGCUCAAGGCAUUUUUUAUGAUUGCUAUUAUUAUAACAAUGAUGAUAGGUAGAAAUGAAAGGGGAAAUAAAAAACAAAAUAGGUAAAGUUUCAAGGUUUGGGGAAAAAAUAAUGAAAACAUUAGUUGCUAUAUGUCUAGUGGUUGAAAAAUAUUAAUGGGCAAAUUAAAGUGUAACUGUAACAUAUAAAUUGAAGUGGUUAAUCAUGGCUCAUGAAUCAUGAUAUAUAUUA